GUUUUUGGUGCGUUCAAUCAUUAAUUUUCAGUAGUAUAAUACUUGUGAAAUCUUUUGAUCCUAUUUCGGAUUUUUUUCAACACUACAGACUUCUAUAUAUAAUUCAAGAAACCGAACAUCGUCAUAUUGUUGUGGAAGCUUCUAUUAAAUUAUUAAUAUUUUAAUAUUAUUAUACAGAAGUCUGUGUUUCCAACGGAUUUUCAACUAAGCCAGGUUUUUACUUGUCUACAUAUAUGUAUUAUCCUUUAAAUUAGUAUAAAUUGUAUAAUAAUUUGUAUAGUAUAAUCAUUUUAUUCAACAGACUACAAUAAUUUUAUUAAAUUGCUCGAGUUAAAAAACGAGCAUGCGCGCGGAUGUACGAAAUGGUGGGACACACAAGACGACGCGUAUACACGUAUAAUAUUUUUACAUAUCUAUAGAACAGGAUCUAUAACAAGAUCGUUAUUUUUUUCAUUUAUGUUAUAAUAUUGUAUUAUUGUAAAUUAUACGAUCGAGAUGUACAUAUCGUCAAUCACGUUUCGAGUUUUGCUUGCCCAAAUAACUUUGGAUUAAACAAAAUAGAACUUUUAAUCAGUCAGAUUUGCAUCAUUGUGUUGAAAGAGUUAAAAAUGUCGAAUAAAUUAGAAUUAAUCUUUCAUCUUUCACUCGUUAUACUAAUAUUCAAUUUGUUGAUGAAUAAAUACAGCAUGAUAAUGCAAUAAGAUAUAUGUGCUAGUGGAGUAGGAGGUGGAUAAAAGAUCAAAUGAGUUCAUUUGCAAUUCAUUUGAGUGCCGGAAUACGUGGUGAAGAAUACAUACAUCGAAGAUUUAAGUGUUGCUGAAAUAUUCGUCGUGACGGACGUGCGCGAUUAUGGACGUCAACUUUUUGAUACUAUGCACUCCGUGCAUCGUUGUAUUUUCGAUAAUUGUACAGCUGAUGUACAAUUAUUAUCUUCUUCAACGGAAAAUGAGAAAUAUUCCUGUGAUGGAAGGAGGAUAUCCUCUCCUUGGUCAGGCUUUUCUUUUAAUGAGGUUGUCGGACGAAGACCGCAUGACUAUGUAUAAAUCAUUUGUCCAUCAGUUCAAAGAAGGGAUAUUCGUUGUAUGGAUUGGAACCAGGCCGCUGUUACAUGUAUUUAAGCCUGAAUUUUUAGAGGUUCUUUUUCCCAGUACUGUGCAUAUCGAAAAAGGAAUACCGUACGAUUUGCUGGUGCCUUGGCUGGGUAAAGGACUUCUCACCUCCACAGGAAAACAAUGGUUCCAUGAUAGGAGACUCAUCGGGCCGACGUUCCAUUUCAGUAUAUUGGAGCAAUUCGCUAUAGUUCAGUCGGAAAAGGUAGAAAUUUUGACAAAGUGUCUCGAGAAAGAGAUGGAAAGAAAUCCAGGGAAAGCCAUCGACAUUUUUCCUUUCGUUGUCAAAUUCGCUCUUGAUGUUAUAUGCGAAACAGCAAUGGGCGUCAAUAUGCGUGCUCAAGAAGCUGAGACGGAAUAUGUCUCAACGGUACACAGAACCUCCAGAUUGACGCUUGAUCGAAUGUUUCGACCGUGGCAUUGGCCAGAUUGGAUUUACUAUAGAACGUCUAUGGGAAAGGAAUAUAAAACGCUGCUUAACAUAUUGCAUGGAUUCACGAGAGAUGUGAUAAGCAAGAGAAAAGAAGAACGAGAAUCAGGAAACACCGAUGCUAAAUCAGAAAGUGAGAAUUAUGAAAUUGAUAUAGGCAAGCGGAAGAGGAAAGCUUUUCUAGAUCUGUUGUUAGACGAGAACGAAAAAGCCGAUACUCCUUUAACGGAUGAUGAACUGAGAGCACAGGUCGACACGUUCAUGUUUGAAGGUCACGACACAACCGCAGUUGCUAUAACUUGGACGCUCUUUCUCUUGGGUAAUAAUCUCGAUCAUCAGGAAAGAGUUCAUGAAGAAUUGGACCAAGUUUUUAAAGAUUCAAAAGCGACAGCUAGUAUAAAGGAGUUGUCGCAAUUAAAGUACCUCGAUAGAGUGAUAAAGGAGUCGCUGAGAUUAUACCCUAGUGUACCCUUGAUCACCAGAAAAAUCGUGGAAGAUGUAAAAAUAAAUGAUUAUGUGCUUCCAAAAGAUACUACGGUCACAGUGGCUAUCGUAUUAGCGCACCGGAAUCCGGAAGUUUGGCCAGAUCCAGAAAAGUUUGAUCCAGAUCGAUUUCUUCCAGAAAAUUCAAGAAACAGAAAUCCAUAUGCCUAUGUUCCAUUUAGCGCAGGACCGAGAAACUGCAUCGGUCAGAGAUUCGCGCAACUCGAAGACAAGAUCGCGUUAACCGCUAUACUUCGAAAUUGGAGGAUAAAGAGCGUAAAAACGCCUGACACGAUUCUUUCUGGCGGUUCGCUCAUCUUCCGACCAUGCGAGGAAGUAUUUCUCCAUUUGAUACGAAAAAAAUAAUUCGUUCCUUCAUAUACAAGAUUUUUCAAUGGAAACGCAUUCGAAGAAAUGCGAGAAAGAGAUUCAAGAUUAGAAAUAUUCUUUUCAUUGUAAGAUUACAUAUAUUUUCUGUUUGAUAUAUAUAAAUUGGCAGAGGUUACAAGCUUUUCACUUGAAAA